ACAAAUGAAUAAAAUGAACGUAUGAAUAAUCCCUCUUCCAUUAUCUACUUCACUCCAUUGUACCAAUUACUUUAUAAAUACCAAACGGAAUAUCUAAGUCGGUGAUUUCAACCUAUAAAUAGAGUGAGGAAGAAGUAGCUAGCAACACACACACGCACACACAUAUCCCAAUCCACAUCUACAUUUAGCACCAAAAUCAAGCAUGGAAACAAGCUGGCUAUACUCCCUCUCUGCUCUCUUGCUUUUUACCAUAGCUUAUAAAUUUUUAACCAAACAAAAUAGAAAAAUCCCACCUAGCCCACUGCCGGCACUCCCUCUUCUAGGGCACCUCCACCUCCUCCGAUUCCCUCUCCACCGCACCUACCGCGACCUCUCUCUCAAACUCGGCCCCAUUUUCUCCCUCCGCUUCGGCAACCGCCUCAUCGUGGUGGUCUCCUCCCCCGCCGCCGUCGACGAAUGCUUCACCAAGAACGACAUCGUUCUGGCCAACCGCCCUCGUUUCGUCUCCGCCAAAUACAUCGGCUACAACUUCAGCUCCGUCGUCGUCGCCCCCUACGGCGACUACUGGCGCAACCUCCGCCGCCUCACCACGAUCGAGAUAUUUUCCACCGCCCGCCUCAACACGUUCCAGUCCAUCAGAGACGACGAGGUUCGGCGCAUGCUCGCGAAUCUGGGCCGAGAGUCCGGCAGCGUGGUCGAGAUCAAGGCGUUGCUGUCGGUGCUGACGUUCAACAACAUCAUGAGGAUGGUCGCCGGAAAGCGGUAUUUCGGCGUGGACGAGGCCGAAGACGGCGACGAGGGGAGGGAGUUCCGGGAGCUUCUCAACGAGGUUUUCAAGUUCGGCGGGGUGUCCAACCCGGGGGAUUUCCUGCCGCUGCUCAGGUGGAUCGAUUACAUGGAUUUCGAGAAGAAUCUCAGCAGGAUAGCCUCCAAAAUUGAUGGAUUUCUGCAGCGCUUGAUUGAGGAGCACAGGCGCAAAAAUGGCGGAAACACCAUGAUAGACCACUUGCUCUCUUUGCAGGAAUCGGAGCCUCAAAACUACACUGAUCCAGUCAUCAAGUCAACCAUACUAGUGAUGCUGCUUGCUGGGACGGACACGUCAUCAGUGACAGUGGAAUGGGCGAUGUCGGCUCUCUUAAACCACCCAGAGAAGAUGGAGAAGGCGAGAGAAGAGAUUGACAGAGUGGUCGGGAAGGAUCGCCUGGUUCACGAGUCCGACUUGCAGAAGCUUCCAUACCUUCACAAUGUGAUCAACGAGACGUUCCGGUUGUUCCCGGCGGCGCCGUUGCUGGUCCCGCACGAAGCCUCGGCCGACUGCAAGAUCGCCGGCUACGACAUACCACGUGGCACGAUCGUGCAGGUGAACGCGUGGGCCAUUCACAGGGACCCACGCAUCUGGGACGAUCCGGAGAGUUUUGAGCCGGAGCGAUUCGAAGGCGGUGGGGAAGCGAGGCUGCUGCCGUUUGGGAUCGGGAGGCGGUCGUGCCCGGGCAACGUGUUGGCGCAGCGGAUCGUGGGUUUGGCGUUGGGGUGUUUGAUACAGUGCUUCGAGUGGGAGAGAAUUGAUGAGAGAUUGGUUGACUUGAGUGAAGGGAAAAAGGGGGUGUCCAUAUCUAAAGAUAUACCCCUGCAAGCCAGGUGCAAGGCGCGCCCUCUGCUUCCACAUGUUCUUGCCUCACACCUUUGAGAAUCUUAUCUUCAAUGUCGUUUCCAUGUAAAAUAAAUAAAUUAAUUUAGAUAUCAUGUCUUGUGGGGUGGGUUAGUAUUUGUAAGAGUUACAUUUUUGUAUUCUGCACUAAAUGUAUAUAUACAAGGUAAUUCUAUUUGCUGUGAAA